AUGGAAGAUAAUUGUAAUCAUUCAGAAGAUUUAUUUCAUGAAGAUUUAUCAUUUAAAAAAAGAGAACAGAAGUCUCAACGGUCAAUUUUUCCUAAGAUGGCGACAACAGAAGAUCCUUAUACUCGAUUGAAAUAUCUUCAACGACAUUUGGAAAUGCUUGAAUUACAAGAAACAUUUAUUAAAGAUGAUCAAAAAAAUCUUAAAAGAGAGCUUAUUCGUGCACAAGAAGAGGUAAAGAGAAUUCAAAGUGUACCUCUUGUUAUUGGACAAUUUUUGGAAGCUAUUGAUGAAAAUACAGCCAUUGUGGGUUCUACUACAGGAUCUAAUUAUAUUGUCCGUAUUCUUUCAACUCUUGAUCGUGAACUUCUUCGUCCUUUUUCUAGCGUUGCUUUACACAGACAUAGUAGUGCACUUGUUGAUAUUUUGCCUCCAGAAGCUGAUAGCAGUAUUGCUAUGCUUCGUCAGGAUGAAAAACCAGAUGUCACUUAUCAAGAUGUUGGAGGGCUUGAUAUGCAAAAGCAAGAAAUUAGAGAGGCCGUUGAGCUACCUCUAACACAAGCAGAUCUUUAUAAACAAAUUGGUAUUGAUCCUCCAAGAGGUGUUUUAUUAUAUGGUCCCCCAGGAACUGGUAAAACUAUGCUUGUUAAAGCUGUUGCAAAUUCUACUACUGCAAGUUUUAUACGAGUUGUUGGGAGUGAAUUUGUUCAAAAGUACCUUGGAGAAGGACCUCGUAUGGUGCGUGAUGUUUUUAGAUUGGCUAGGGAGAAUGCACCAUCUAUUAUCUUUAUCGAUGAAAUCGACGCUAUUGCUACAAAACGGUUUGAUGCACAAACAGGUGCUGACCGUGAAGUUCAGCGUAUUCUCCUUGAACUGUUGAACCAAAUGGAUGGGUUUGAUCAAGGAUCCAAUGUUAAGGUCAUUAUGGCUACUAAUCGAGCAGAUACACUAGAUCCAGCAUUGCUCCGACCAGGACGUUUAGAUAGAAAAAUUGAAUUUCCAAAAACAGAUAGACGUCAAAAACGACUUAUAUACAAUACCAUUGCUGCAAAAAUGUCGCUUUCUCCUGAAGUUGAUCUUGAUAGUUUUAUUCUUCGUCCUGAUACAACAUCUGGUGCACAAAUUGCUGCUGUCAUGCAAGAAGCAGGUUUAGUUGCAAUUCGAAAAAGUCGUUAUCUUAUUAUCCAUUCAGACAUAGAAGAAGCAUAUAGAUCUCAAAUUCAAGAUGCAGAUUCCGAAAAGCUUGCAUUUUAUACAUAG